AUGGUCGCUCAAACUAGGGUUCCAAACGGUCACUCAGGUGGUUCUAAACGGUCGCUCAAACUAGGGUUCCAAACGGUCGCUCAGGUGGGAUCUUUGGAGGAUAUUUCCAGCACAGUAACCCCGGAUGGUCACACAAACUAUGGUUCCAAACGAUCCAAACGGUCGCUCAAACUAGGGUUCCAAACGGUCGCUCAGGUGGUUCCAAAUGGUCGCUCAGGUGGUUCCAAACGGUCACUCAAACUAGGGUUCCAAACGGUCACUCAGGUGGGUUCCAACCGAAAGGGAUCUUUGAAGGAUAUGUCCAGCACAGUAACUACGGAUGGUCACUCAAACUAUGGUUCCAAACGGUCACUCAGAUGUUUAAUCACUCAAAUGUUUGGUCACUCAGAUGUUUGGUCACUCAGAUGUUUGGUCACUCAGAUGUUUGGUCACUCAGGUAUUUGGUCACUCGGUGCGGGUCACUUUAUGAUGUCACAACACGAUAUUAUUACCCAAGUGACGCCAGAGUCAUCAUACUCGACGCCCAACCUUUCUAAUUCAGAGACGCAAGUUAGCGGUUCGGAUGAAGUACAGGAGUAUAACUCGCUAAUAAAUUUGAAUAUUAGGGGUAAAGAUUUCACAAUAACCAGGGAUGAAUUGAUGAGUCUACCUGAAAGUAUCUUAUUAUGUCUUUUCCCCAAUGGUGUGUUUCUUGAUGCAAAUGGCCAAAUAAUAUCCAACUUGACAGAAAAUGAUGUCAUUUAUGUCAAUUUCGACCCAACCUGUUUCCAGUAUAUCAUCGAUGUGUUUUCGGCUGCUCAAAAGGAAUUGGAGGAAAUACCAUCAUCGUCAUCCCAGCAGCAGCAGCAAAUAGAGCAGCAGCAGCAGCAACUUGGCACCACUACUCCUACAUAUAUUGGCACUCGAUUACAGCAAGAAAACAUCUUGCAAACAAAACCGGCAAUAAUCGUUUUACGAGAGGAUUUGGAUUUUUAUGUAAUACCACCAAUUUCAGGGUUGACUAUGGAAGAAAUGAAACAGUUGAAAAGCGGUGUAAGUGUCGAAUUGUUGAAGAACAAGUUGAUUUUUUCAGGCUUGGGGUAUAAGUUCGAUACCGAUGACAAUGAUUGUGAUUUUGCAGGUGAAAAUAUGGAAAGAUUCCAAGAUGCUAAUGAGAAAAAAGAUAGUAGUAGUAAAGGUCUCGGACCAGCAGAGCAACAUUUGUUUGACAUGUUGUGCAGUUCAGGAUUCGAGGUGAAGGACAAAUGGGGGUCACGAAGUUUAGAGCCGGGUAAAUGUGUUAUUUCCUCAUUAUCAUUAGUCCGUUUGAGAACACAGUCUCAGAAGCAAGCUAGCAUUGGUGGUGCAACGCCACCGGAAUCACCCUCAUUGACACCAGUAACAUCUCAAUCGAAUGGGAAUGGAAAUGGCACUGGUGGUAAUGAGAAAAGUGGCAGAUCGAGACCAAGAUCAAGAAUUGCUCAAUUGGCAAAUAGUGCAUCGAGAGCUGCAUCGCGAUCGUUAUCUCUGCAACUGAGGCGACCAAAAGUUGAUCAGAAUCAAACUAAAUUAUUGCUUUUUUGGAGAAAACCUGCGAGAAAGUGCUGGUGGUCUCAUGGUUGGAUUACCGUGACUAUCAAUGCACCAGAUUUGAAGGAGUUGGAGGGUAGUAAUGCUAAAAUCAAGGUAAAGGUUCAUAUUCGUAGAGUAUGGACUUUGGAGUUGAGUGUUAUUGGUGUACAGUAA